GAAAUGUUGAAUGAAUGUUGACAGUUCUUCACUGACCUUUUUUUUGUUUGGUAUCUACGUCCUUCCACUGACGUAAGACCGGUUCAAGUCAUUAUCAUCAUUUAAUUAUCUCUUCUUAUACAAGUUAUGGCUUUAUCACGCCUUAGUUAUAGCAGGCUAACCAGCAGCGUACGGUGUAUGUACGCUGCUUCUACAAUAUCCUUGAAAAUACAACGAGCUCAAAUGGCUUCUUCAGCCAAAGAAGGAUAUAGAAUUGAAAAGGACACGUUUGGUGAAUUAAAAGUUCCAAAUGAAAAAUAUUAUGGAGCUCAAACGGUUAGAUCAACCAUCAACUUCCCAAUUGGUGGAGAUUGCGAAAGAAUGCCAUAUCCUGUUAUCGUUGCUAUGGGAAUUCUGAAGAAAGCUGCAGCAAUCGUCAAUAAGGAAUAUGGUCUUGACCCUAAGGUGUCAGAUGCUAUAGUUAAAGCUGCAGAUGAAGUGAUAUCAGGAAAGUUGUACAAAGACCAUUUCCCUUUGGUAAUUUGGCAAACUGGUUCUGGUACCCAGACCAACAUGAACACCAAUGAAGUCAUUAGUAACAGAGCAAUUGAAAUUCUUGGGGGAAAGCUGGGUUCCAAAGAACCUGUCCAUCCAAAUGACCAUGUCAACAAAAGUCAGAGUAGUAACGAUACUUUCCCAACUGCUAUGCACAUUGCUGUAGCAAUGGAAAUACACAGGGUUUUAUUCCCAGGUCUUAAAAUGUUGAGAGAUGCAUUGCAGAAGAAGUCUGAAGAAUUCAAGGACAUCAUCAAGAUUGGUAGAACUCAUACUCAAGAUGCUGUUCCAUUAACUUUGGGUCAAGAAUUCAGUGGAUAUGUCCAACAACUAUCCUUUGGUAUUGAUAGGAUAGCUGAUACCCUGCCAAGACUUUAUAUGCUUGCCAUUGGGGGAACAGCUGUUGGAACAGGUUUGAACACAAGAAAAGGUUUUGCAGAGAAGUGUGCUUCUCAAAUAGCACAGGAAACUGGUCUUCCUUUUGUCAGUGCUCCAAAUAAAUUUGAAGCACUUGCUGCACAUGAUGCUUUAGUAGAAGUUUCUGGUGCUCUAAAUACAGUAGCUGUCUCAAUUAUGAAAAUUGCCAAUGAUUUAAGGUUUUUAGCAUCUGGACCUCGUUGUGGUCUUGGUGAACUCAGCUUGCCAGAAAAUGAACCUGGUAGCUCCAUCAUGCCUGGCAAAGUAAACCCAACACAGUGUGAAGCAAUCACUAUGGUAGCAGCUCAAGUUAUGGGCAACCAUGUAGCCACAACCAUUGGUGGAUCAAAUGGACAUUUUGAACUCAAUGUUUUCAAACCGAUGAUGGUUGCAAAUGUUCUCAGAUCUAUAUCUUUAUUGGGUGACAGUACCAAAUCUUUCACUGAACACUGUGCUAAUGGCAUCGUAGCCAAUAAAGAAAGAAUUGCACAACUGCUUCACGAAAGCUUGAUGCUGGUUACAGCUUUAAAUCCUCAUAUAGGUUAUGAUAAAGCUGCUAAAAUUGCUAAGACAGCACACAAAGAAGGAACAACUCUGAAAGAAGCUGCUCUCAAGUUAGGUUAUUUGAAUGAGCAACAGUUCAAAGAUUGGGUUAAACCAGAGGAGAUGCUUGGACCCAAAUAAAUAUUAUUUAUAAGAUUCAACACUUUUUUAUUGUUUUUGUUUUGUGAAUGAAGCAGUGUGUAUAUAAUACUAUUAUUAUACUUUUAUUCGAAUUCUCAUUGUUAUGUUUUGUUGUCGAUCAUGAGUCUCUUUGGAAAUUGUUCAUUGGCAGUGAUUAAAAAAUUAUUCUGUUUGCUA